GAGAGAGAUAGAGAGACCGAGAGAGACGGAGAGAGAGAAAGGGGAGAGAGUUGGAAAGCGAGAGAGAGAUAGAGAGACAGAGAGAGACAGAAAGAGACGGAGCGAGAGUAAGAGAGUUUUCUUCAAACAACAGUGAUGGAAACGUUGUUGUAUCUCACCCUGCUCAUCUCAGGAUUCUACACACCUUCCUCAUGUCUUCAUCAGUAUCACCUCAUUACCAACAAUAUGAACUGGACUGAUGCCCAGAGUUACUGCAGAGCACAUUACACUGAUCUGGCUACAGUAGAUGACAUGGAGGACCUGAACAGGCUGAUGACCAGUGUCAGUAGGUAUUACUGGUCCUGGAUCGGACUGAAGAAGGGAGACUCCAUGAAGUGGCACUGGUCUCUGGCAGACAGACAUUUCUACAGAGAGGGGGAGACUGAGUUCAGAAACUGGGACACUGGAACACCCCAAAAUGGUAACUGUGCUUUAAUGAGUACAUCUGGUCUGUGGAACAACACCUCCUGUGAUGACCAGCAUCACUUCAUCUGUUAUGAUGGAAAACAAGUCACCAACCAAACAUACGUCUUAAUUCAGGAGAACAGGACCUGGAUAGAUGCUCAGAGUUACUGCAGACAGUAUCACACAGACCUGGUCAGUGUGAGGAACCAGACUGAGAACACAGAGAUAGAGAAGAAGAUAUCACUGAGGGGACUUCCUGUGUGGAUCGGUCUGUUUCUAGACUCCUGGAGAUGGUCAGACCAGAGUGACUCCUCAUUCAGAAACUGGUUGUCAGGACGGCCUUCAACAGAUCAGGGAGACACCUGCACUCUGGUGUCUUUUAAUCGUUAUUAUUAUGACUAUGAUUAUUAUGACUAUUAUAAUUAUGCUCCAUGGAUAAAUGAUCCCUGUGGCCUCAACUAUCCUUUCAUCUGCUAUGGUCCAGCUGUGGAGACCACUGAGAAACCUCAACUGAAGAGACAUGUGGUGAGAAUGAAGAUGACCCCAAAGGAUCAACAUCUGAACAUCAGCGAUCCUGCUGUUCAGGACUCCAUCUUACAAGAGAUAAGGAACAAGCUGAAGGAGCAGGGGUUACCUGCAGACACCAAAGUGACAUGGAAAAAGCAGCCUGAUGGGAAGGUCUUCCACAAGGAAGAAGAGGGGUCUCCCAAGAAAGAAGAGGAGGAGAAGAAGAUGAAGAAGAGUAUGAUGACAAAGAGAGAACUCUUAUCACGUCAUGAACAUAAAAAGACCUGGAUGGAUGCCCAGAGUUACUGCAGAGCACAUUACACUGAUCUGGCUACAGUAGAUGACAUGGAGGACCUGAACAGGCUGAUGACCAGUGUCAGUAGUUCUAAUUACUGGUUCUGGAUCGGACUGAAGAAGGGAGACUCCAUGAAGUGGAACUGGUCUCUGGCAGACAGACGUUUCUACAGAGAGGGGGAGACUGAGUUCAGAAACUGGGACACUGGGACACCCCAAAAUGGUAACUGUGCUUUAAUGAGUACAUCUGGUCUGUGGAACAACACCUCCUGUGAUGACCAGCAUCACUUCAUCUGUUAUGAUGGAAAACAAGACACCAACCAAACAUACGUCUUAAUUCAGGAGAACAGGACCUGGAUAGAUGCUCAGAGUUACUGCAGACAGUAUCACACAGACCUGGUCAGUGUGAGGAACCAGACUGAGAACACAGAGAUAAAUAAGAAGAUAACACUGAGGGGACUUCCUGUGUGGAUCGGUCUGUUUCUAGACUCCUGGAGAUGGUCAGACCAGAGUGACUCCUCAUUCAGAAACUGGUUGCCAGGAUGGCUUUCAACAGAACAGAGAUACAACUGCACUCUCGUGCAUUCUAAUCCUUCUUCUUCAAAUCAUGCUAAAAUGAGAAAUUAUCCCUCUGAUGACACCUUUCCUUUCAUCUGCUCCGCUGUGGAGACCACAAUGACUACAGCGACCACGACUACCCCCUGCCCACGACCACGACUACCCCCUGCUCACGACCACGACUACCCC